AUCAGAGUCCAGCUAACACAGAUUUUGACUUUAAUUUCAGAUUUGCAGUUUAACUGAAGAGGACCACCAUCAUGACUCCAGUGAUCUCUGUCGUCGUCCUCCUCCUCUCGUUGAUGGUCUAUCCUCCGGGUGCAACAGGAGCUCCAACAGACAAGUCGAUGGACGUCUCUGAAAUCAUCAAGAAAGCUAAUGCUGGCAUAAAAACACCCCUGAUCCACGGCGACAUUGUACCAAAUUUAAACAGGAAUGCCGACCCCUGCGUGACCAAAGGCUGCUUGUGGCCCAAAACUGGAAGUUACGUCUACGUGCCCUUCAUCAUCGGCCCCCAAUACUCCACCGCAGAGCGCAACUUCAUCACUAAUAGCCUGUUGACCUUCCAUAAAUCCACCUGCAUUCGCUUUGUCCCGCGUACUACGCAACAGGAUUACCUCAGCUUCUUCUCUGGAAAUGGGUGUUGGUCCUACGUGGGCCGUCAGAGAGGCGUACAGCAGGUCUCCCUGUUGAAAAACGGUUGUCUGUACACGAACAUUGUGCAGCACGAGGUUCUCCACGCUCUGGGCUUCCAUCACGAGCAUGCCCGCUCCGACAGAGACUCUUAUGUCUCCAUCAACACCGCGAACAUUCAGCCAGGAUUUGAAUCAAACUUCGUGAAGGUGGCAACUAACAACUUGGGUACUCCCUACGACUUCAACUCUGUCAUGCAGUAUGGCAACAACUUCUUCUCCAAAAACGGCUUGCCAACCAUCAUCGCUAAGGCAAAUCCUAACCGUGUGUUUGGAACCGCCGUACAGAUGAGUGCCAAUGACAUCGCCCGCGUCAACAAGCUUUACAGAUGCUAAAAUCUUCCAGAAGUUGUUUCAGCUUGUUAGAACUGAUGGAAGAAAAUGUUGGGGAUAAAUGCCUUUUCCUGAAAGAGAGAUUACUUAGUCUUACUUGUCUUUCUUUUUAAUCAUUUGUGAUUUGAUUUAAAUCAUUUACUCACUUCUUUACUGGUUUUAAAAUAUAAACUUUAUUAUUUGGUUAUGGUUUUUCUUCUGCAGAUGAUUGAAUAAACUUACAAAAAGACAA